ACGGGCCUGACAAUGCGUGUGUGUUUUUGUUGGAAAAAAUCGAACACUGCUCGCCCUGUGUCACGCACACACUUGACUGCCUAUUUUUUGCACAAGCGCUCCCCGGUCGUGUGCCGUCCGUCGUAAUCGCUCGAGUACGGUCAAGUGUGGUCGGAAGCAGAAACGAUUUUCCUCAGUUUCACCCAGCGCCCUCGAAGCAAAUCACGACCGUCGCGCUGCCAACCUCAAGUGGAAAACGGCUGUUACCUUGAGGGUCAGCGGGUUGUGUUGCAAAGUGUCCGGGGUUGCAUGUGUGCGUACCACGAACAGAAGGGCUUGUGUCAUCAUCAUCAUCGUCAUCCCGGAGGGAGUAGAAGGAGCGCGGAUAGGAGGUGGUGGUUGUUCGAAGCCGUUCCGUACGGAUAUCGAUCGCGUGAUAGCAAAGGCUUGCAGGGAAAGUAUAGACAGCAGGCCAGUGGCAGCAGAAGCUAGACAAACGGUACGGUGCAGGAAGUUUUCAUUAGCGUGAUUGCAAGAGCUCGAGCAGUGUAGAACGUGCUGCGGCAACGUAAGGCAACGAAUCUUUAUUGCUACGAAAAACAGCGGUGACCCCAAACCAGCGAUGAGUGAUGAAACUGGUAAAGCGCUGGCCAGCGAAACGGCACCAGCUGCUACCACUGCCACUGGAAGUGGUGAGGUGAGCAAAACCGGCAAAAAGAAACACCAAAAAGGACCGGCCAAGGAAGAGAAACCAGUGCCUGUGACGAAUGGUGAGGUGUCGGCGGGUGGCUGCACGGAAGAACACCAGGCACCACCAGGCAGUGGGAAGUCGAAGAGCAAGAAAAAGAAUAAGAACAAAGCGAACGCGGCUGAGCCGAGUCCGGUGGCUUCCUCGUCUGGAGCGGGUGCAGCGGAACCACCACCACCACCACAGGUCAAUGGGGAGGCGGCGGGGCAUGCGGAAAUGGUUGCCGAAGGCGGCGAUGGUGACGGAGGUGACGGGGGCGGCCCGUUCACCUCGAACCCGGACGCGGUCGAUAUGCUGAUGAACGUGCGGGAGGUGCUGGAGCGUCUAAAGGUGAGCACGCGGUCCCUGAAGCCGGCCAAAACGUCGGAAGAGGCGCUGCACAAAUCGUACAAGUUCUGGUCGACGCAGCCGGUGCCGCGCAUGGACGAGAAGAUCCUGGCGAACGAACCGAUCGAGGAGGACAAACCGAUCAGCGAGAUCCGGGCGGAACCGUACGCGCUGCCGGACGGCUUCACCUGGGACACGAUGAACCUGAACGAUCCGCUGCAGCUGAAGGAGCUGUACACGCUGCUGAACGAGAACUACGUCGAGGACGAUGACGCCAUGUUCCGGUUCGACUAUCAGCCCGAGUUUCUGCAGUGGGCCCUGCAGCCGCCCGGCUGGAAGCGCGAGUGGCACUGCGGCGUGCGGGUGGUCAAGUCGGGCCGGCUCGUUGGGUUCAUAUCGGCCAUCCCCGGCACGCUGAAUGUGCACCGGAAGGAGCAGCGCAUGGUGGAGAUCAACUUCCUGUGCGUGCACAAGAAGCUGCGCUCGAAGCGGUUAGCGCCGGUGCUGAUCCGGGAGAUAACGCGGCGCGUCAAUCUGACCGGCAUCUUCCAGGCCGUCUAUACGGCGGGCGUAGUGCUGCCGAAGCCCGUCUCCUCCUGCCGCUACUGGCACCGUUCGUUGAAUCCGAAGAAGCUGAUCGAGGUAAAAUUCUCCUACCUGUCCCGCAACAUGACGAUGCAACGAACGAUCAAGCUGUACAAACUGCCGGAUCAGCCGAAAACGCCCGGCUUCCGGAAGCUGUUGGAAACGGACCUAAAGGCGGUACACAAGCUGCUCGAAUCGUACCUGCAGCGCUUCAACCUUACCCCCGUGUUCGACGAGGCGGAGAUGCGCCACUGGUUCCUGCCCCAGAACGGCAUCAUCGACUGCUUCGUGGUGGAGGAUCCGGCCAAACCGGGCACGAUCACGGACAUGGUCAGCUACUACACGCUGCCAUCGACCGUGAUGCAUCACGCGGUGCACAAGUACGUGAAGGCCGCGUACAGCUUCUACAACGUGUCGACCCGCACGCCCUGGCUCGAUCUCAUGAACGAUGCGCUCAUAUCGGCCAAAAACCUCGGCUUCGACGUGUUUAACGCGCUCGACCUGAUGGACAACAAGCAGUUCCUGGUGCCGCUCAAGUUCGGCAUCGGCGACGGCAAUCUGCAGUACUAUCUGUACAACUGGCGCUGCCCGAGCAUGCAGCCGGAGGACGUCGGUUUGAUACUGCUGUAAGGGACCGAAAAGGGGCGGCGUGGUUGGGGGAAUGGGAAGGCGUGGAAAAGGUUGAACCUUUUCUCUCUUUUCUUUACUUUCCCGUAUGCUGUAUGAUUUGCGAAAAUGGACCCCGGAUUGGUACGAUGGAGCAACCAAAGCAUUCGAAGCGUUUUGUUUUUUCACCCGAGCGCUUACCGGAUUAUUGGGGGAAUAGUACUAGGGCUGCGGUAGUGGUGGUGGUGGUAGUGGAGUUAGUAGCUGUGGCGUUUGGAAUGAUGUGUAUCCCUUUGUUGUCAGCAUGCAUCACCGUAAAGCUUCGUCUUUUGUCAGCCUCCAUUUCUUUCCCAACUGGGGUGUCCACCAAACAAUGCGUUCUCAUUUGGCAGUGGAAUAAUCGUAGCGUUCUGUUCGGAGUGCACGAGUCCUUUGCUAACGCUUAGCCGAUUCAAACAGUCAACGAAGCAGCAUGACGAAAAAAACAAAUCAGGGAACCCGCAAUUUGCUUUACCAUUGCUCGGUUACGUAUAUUUCUUUAGCAACGUAUGCACGCUGCCUCUUUUCAAACACUAUGCAAUAAUAAUACGUACACGUUGAGGUGGAAAGGACAUAUCCGCUACUCUACUUGGUGUCGGCAGGGAAUGGAAACAACCCCCAGAAGAGAUGUUCCGUUUUUUAUCUUAAGUUUUUUUUACCAUUGCUUCCUUCGCUGUUACCGCAGCGACGGUAGCAGGUUCAAAAGUGUUUGUAAUUUUCAUUUUUUUUUUCUUCAUUUUUAACGCAGUAGGCAUUACGAAUGCAGAUUGUACAGUGUGAAGGUGAAGUGGUAUACACACACACCGGAAGGCUCCCGGAAGAACGUAAUGCAUGUGUGUUUUCGUUAUUUCACGAAUUAUCCAGUCAAUAAAGUGAACGGUAAAGCAUUUUCUGUCAUAGAAA